AAGCAGGGUGGGAAGAGCCACAGAGGCAGCGUUCUCACGCCGGAAUGCCCGAUAACAAGACCAUCCCGAGAGACUCCGCAAAAGCCACAGCCUUGCACACUGGCUACGCAACCUCACACCGAGAAAUACUGGAGGACUCCCGCCAGCAACGCCCGUCCAACCGCCGGCGGGCGGCGCCCUGUCACCCGUCCUCGUGGCCGCGAAAUUACCGCAAACAGGGACGCCGCCCUCUCAUCCCACCGCCACCCGGGCUGCGCUCAGCGGCCGCGCCCCCCCACGUUUGCCAGCAGCUCCCAGAGGCGGUCAGUCUUUCGGUUUGACGACGGCAACUUCCCAGGCCUCGGCGAGCGCAGCCACGCACCCGGAAGCCGCCUCGGGAGUCCCACGCUGGGGCGCGACGCCGAGCCAGAACCGCCCGCGGGCUCCGAAGCCACAGGCGAGUGGGGAGGGUGCCCUGUGGGGCUCGGAGGGGACGCAGUCACGCCCGGCCCACGUAACGAGCACUCUCCUUCCCGGUCCCCAGCUCCCGCCAGCCGAGACGCAACGCUCCGCGUGAUGACGUCGUGCGCCCGCCCCGCCCACUCCAGUAGUCGCCGACCCGGCCCACGGCCCGCCCCGCGCGAUGACGUCAGUAUCCACUCCACCCGCUCCGGGUGA